GAAAAAUAGUUAAUUGAUUUUCCAUUCAAUCGGUUGUUAUUCAUAUUGGAGGAAAUACAGACGGUAGGAUAUAUAAAUUUUCGUACGGUUCAUGAUCAAAGCAAUUUAUUGAUUAUAAACUCGAGUUAGCGGUCCUUGGGCUAAUCGUGAAACGUCUAUUAAGCGGUAUUAGCUUUUAAAUAUUUGUGUAUAGAGAGACACACAUUCUAUCUGGUGGACUUGACCACAGGAUUAUUGAUUGGCCAAUGAUUGAUGACGAGAGCAUCACGAGCAAGAUUGAUUAUAACAGUUGUCACGUAUAUUUAUGGGGUAAAUAGCCACCAUCUAUCAGUAUCAUUUAUUUAGGGUGAUAUGAGUAAAAGAAAUAAAUAAAAUAAAAAAUAAGUAGAGCAUAUAGAAGUCAGCAGGAAAGAAGACAUUAGAGAUUGAUUGUUAGAAAACUGCUGAAAAAAAAUAUAAAAAAAAGAACGUAAGUGUAGUGACAAGCUAUCUCUUGGAAGCAGAUGCAGAUCGAAUCGCACAUAGCAGUUCGAGGACCUGCGCGUGCUGGUACAUCGGCUUGCGCGUUGAUCAUCUAUCCGAGCUGAUAAAGCUCCGAGAGGAACUCACUCGCUGUCCUGACGGCAGUGCAGCGGGCCAGUUUGACAUCACACGACGUAUCACGUCAAUUACGUGUGACUCUCACGUCGUCAUCGUCGUUGUUGUACAUUAUUAUAAAGUUCGCGCCUGUGUAAGCUAGUUGAUCAAACAUUAGCCAAGUACCAACACCCUCGGGCUAAUUUAACCCUUGACUACUGCUAAUAAGGGUAUUAAUAAAUAAGUGAGGCGCAAUAAUUGACAUUAUGAGUCAAGAAACCGGAGAAAUACCUUCGGUAGUGGAGUUAAAUGUGGGUGGAGUCUUUUACACGACAUCAUUGUCGACUCUUACAAAGGAGAGUGACUCUCAGCUAUCGGCAAUAUUUACGGGCAAAACACCAGUUGAAAAAGACGCAAAAGGAAAGUAUUUUCUUGACCGCGACGGCGUUCUAUUUCGUUAUGUAUUGGAUUUCCUGCGUAAUGAAGCAUUGGCAUUGCCCGAGGGCUUCCGUGAACGAGAACGACUACGGAGGGAAGCUGUUUAUUAUGGACUUCCUGGACUGGAGAAAGCCGUGCAGGAAGCGAACGCUGAAGGAUGCGCUACCACAAGGUCAUUGUGCGGCAGACGCGGGGUCGGCUACAUUACUGUGGGCUACCGCGGUAGCUUUGCAUUUGGACGCGACGGGCUUGCUGACGUUAAAUUCCGUAAGCUGUCGAGAAUCCUUGUUUGCGGACGCGUCGCACUAUGCAGAGAUGUCUUUGGCGAGACGUUGAAUGAAAGCCGAGACCCAGAUCACGGAUUAUCCGAUAGAUACACCUCGAGAUUCUUCCUCAAACACAGCUUUAUCGAGCAGGCCUUUGAUAUGCUGCAGGAACAGGGAUUUAAGCUUGUCGCGAGCUGCGGUUCUGGAACCGCUGGAAGUCAAACGGAGCAGCUUAAACCUGGUGUUGACUCUGAAGAGAAUCGCUGGAAUCAUUACAAUGAGUUUGUAUUUGUGCGCGAGUAGAUGUCACAUUUACAUUUCAAAGAGACCCAUACAAAUUUAUUUACCACCACACACACACACGCCUACACACAUACACACAUGCAUGACAUCAAUACAUCUCACACUGGUUUUAAAAUAACAUGAUGAUGAUUUAGAAUCGCCUAUUACACAUUAUAAAAAGUACACUCUGUAGAUCAUCUUCAUCGUAACAAGAAUCUUCCAAUUUUUAAUUCAAUAAUUCUUCGUGAUAAUUGAACUGAUAUAGAUGGGAUCAUUAUUGCGGUAGAUUCAAACUCAUUUAUGGUUUGAA